AUGGACUUUUUAAUCAAUUUUCCUCAAAUUCUCAAAUUUCUUACAUUUUCAAUGCUUUUGAAAAUUCUGUCACCUUUUCUUUGUGAGUUCCAUUUUUACUGGAUAAUUUACUUUAAAAUCAUGAGUGAUGAAGACUCUCCUAUAGAUGAAUACGAAGUCAUCAUAAAGAAGCAAACCAGCCGCACUUCAGAAGAUAAUGAAGGAUCUGAAGAAGAUGAAAUUGACGUCAAAAAAGAAAAAUUGAGACUUUCUCCACAACAGCUGGAAGAUAUUAAAACAGGUCCUGAUGGGCUAAAUAGUGAUGAAGUGAGGGAAAGACUUGCAAGAGAUGGACCGAAUGAACUCCCUGAAAAGAGGGUCAACCCCUGCUUAAAGUUUUUGUCUUAUUACUGGGGCCCAAUGCCGAUUAUGAUUUGGAUAGCGUUUAUCCUUGAAGUAAUCAGGCAAUCGUAUAUAUACUUAAAGGAUUUAAUUUAUAUCUAAAUAUUAAUAAUGAAAUUAAAUUUAUUAAGUUGUACGAUUUUUUUCAAUGCUUAAUUACAUAUAAAAGACAUAGAUUUUUGUGUCCUUUUCAUUCUACAAUUUUUCAAUGGCUUUGUAGGCUGGUAUGAAGAAAAAAACGCUGGAAACGCCAUCGAUGCGCUAAAGAAAAAUUUAGCUCCGAAGGCAAAAGUAAAAAGAAAUGGGGAAUGGGGAGUAAUAUUAUCAAAAGAGCUAGUUCAAGGGGACAGAAUCAAUAUUAAGCUUGGCGACAUUAUUCCUGCAGAUUGUGUCUUAGGCCCUGGAUACGCAGAAAUCGAUCAGUCUGCGUUGACGGGCGAAUCAUUAGCCGUAACAAAAUUUGAAGGCGAAAUGGUAUAUCAAGGCUCAGUCUGUAAAAAGGGAGACUUACUUCCCCUUAUGUUUUUUAUUUUAAAUAUUAUUGUUUUUUAUGUUAUUUUUUAACAUUCCACUAAUAAAUGAAGAAGAGUUAGAGGCAAUUGUAGCGGCAACAGGCGCAAAUACAUUUUUUGGAAAGACUUCUACCUUGGUAGGCCAAGCUCAAAGUAAAGGAAACUUCCAAAAAGUCAUAUUAAAAGUGACAGGAGUCCUUAUGGUAGUUUCAUUAAUCCUUGUGACCAUAAUCCUAAUCGUUGUCCUCACCAAAGGAAAUGAUUUUUUAGAGACUCUCUCACUUUGUGUAGUCAUCCUCGUCGCUUCUUAAAUCUUAAUUAGCAGAUAGACGUGAUCGUAUUGGCUACCCGCCACCAAGCUUAAUCUACUUUGCGGCGUUCCUUGUCAGAUCCUUGAGAUGAGUUGGCUGGAAAGUUGCUCUGGCACCACCUUGCUUGGAGGAAAACCUGGAAUCUAAUAGGUGAUAAAUGCCUGCCCUCAGCUUUAGCUGCUAGUUCGCCUUUAAGUAAGGCUUAAAAACUUUAUGUCAAGAGGUUGUCGAGAUAUGAUCGCCAUUUUAUGUAUCAUCCUCUUCGCUUCAAUUCCUAUCGCCACACAAGUGGUAUGCACAGCUACAAUGGCUGUAGGAGCCCAUGCACUAGCUAAACGGCAAGCUAUUGUAAGUAAACUAAGUUCUAUCGAAGAGCUAGCUGGUAUGCAAAUCUUAUGCAGUGACAAAACAGGCACUUUAACAAAAAAUGAGCUCACAGUAAAGCACCCUAUUUCACUAAAACAUGUAAAGCAGCAAGAAAUUUUUGUAGUUGCAGGCCUUGCUGCGAAAAGAGACCCUACAUCUCAAGACGCUAUCGAUAAAUGUAUUACUGAAUAUGCAGUAAACUCUUUAAAAUUGACGUUUGAGAAUUAUGAAGAAUUAGAGUUCAUUCCUUUUGAUCCAAGCAAUAGGAGGACUGAAGCGACAAUUAAAGAUAAAACGACGGGGGAUGUAUUUAAAUGCACCAAAGGAGCUCCACAAGUGAUAUGGCGUAUUAUUAAUUUUUUUAAUUUUUUACGUUAAAUAAAUCCUAUUUUAUAAGACUCAAAAAUUGUUCCUGCAACUGAUAAGAAAAAUAUCCAGGCUGUAUACUAAAAAUGUCAAAUGACCAAAGCAUAGCUGAUGAAUGCGCCAAACACAUCGAACAAAUUGCCUCAAGAGGCUACCGAACCCUAGGAGUCGCCAAAUCUACAGAAGAAGGAGUCUGGGAAAUGCUCGGACUAAUCCCUCUCUACGACCCUCCUAGAGACGACACCAAAGAAACCAUCCAAAAAGCCAAACAAAUGGAAGUUGCCGUCAAAAUGAUAACAGGCGACCAGCUCGCAAUUGCAAAAGAAACAGCCCGCCUUCUCGACCUCGGCGACAAAGUGUAUAAUUCAGAAUUUCUAACUGGCAAUGAAAACGUCAUAGAAAAAGAAGUCGUGAAAUCUUUGAUCCAAGACGCCAAUGGUUUUGCUGAGGUUUUCCCUGAGCAUAAAUUUGGGAUCGUCAAAAUUCUUCAAGAAAUGGGAAAACGUGUCGGAAUGACAGGAGACGGUGUCAAUGAUGCCCCUGCCUUAAAGCAAGCUGAUGUCGGAAUUGCAGUAGAUGGCGCAACGGACGCUGCCAGAGCUGCUGCAGAUAUCGUCUUGACAAGCCCAGGCCUUUCAGUCAUUAUUGAAGCUAUAUAUAGAGCUCGAAAAAUAUUCCAAAGGAUGAAUAAUUAUUGUAUUUACCGUGUAGCCUGCACAGUGCAGCUGCUGGUAUUUUUCUUUAUUACAAUGUGUGCUAUAAACCCUCAAAACUUUGACUGUGGCGUAAAAUCUCCAACUGAUGAUUAUUGUGAUAAAGUCCCUAAUACUUUUUCCCUUCCUGUAAUUGCAAUUGUAUUGAUCACCGUGCUUAAUGAUGGGACGAUUGUGUCAAUUGCGUAUGAUAAAGUAACUGUGUCGAAAAAGCCUGAAAAAUGAAAUUUGACACUGAUGUUUUUUAAUUCCUGCACGCUAGGGGCGAUUGCUUUGGUUUCUUCAGUUACGUUAGUGCUGCUAAUGCUUUCAAAUAUGGAUUAUUAUGACUCUUUUUCAUUCUUCAAAGCUUUUGAUAUUGAUGCGUUUAAGUAUGGAGAAAUUUUGACGGCUUUGUAUUUGAAGGUGUCAAUAUCUGAUUUUUUGACACUGUUUUCAGCUAGGACUAGUAGCUGGUUUUGGACGAGGAUGCCAAGCAGAAUACUUAUAUUUGCAUUUAUUUUUGCGUGCAUGACUGCAACGCUGUUUUCUUGCUAUUGGUGGCUGGAUUUUACUGAUGCAGGUGGAAACAUCCCUAAUAUGAAAUCAAUAUCAUGGAGACUAGCGGGAUGGAUCUGGGGCUAUGAUAUAAUAUUUUUUAUUAUACAAGAUGUAGUCAAAGUUUUUGAGCUGAAAAUGGUCGAAAAGUACUAUAAACUGCAAGGAAAAGAAGUUGGGUAUUCAGGGUCGCUAUUGUCUGAUAGUUUUCUUACUUUUAAAACAGGCGCUGCUCAAAAUAUUAUAAGAAAAGCUACUUCAUCUAUUAUGAGUCAAAAUUCUUUGAUGGAUUAUCACCACAGCAAAGCAGUUUCUUCAAUUAUGAGCAAGCAUUCCUCAAUGGCCCAUAAUGUAAAAGCUAGUAAAAAAACAGCUAUAUAA